GGGGACUUUCGCACGCACAUUUGGCUAAAACUAAGGUCCCUGACGUCAAUGGAGGACUAUAAAAGAUAUGUGGAUGGACUGUUUUUGGUUCUGUCUGUUCGAUUGCUCAUGAGCUAUUGUUCGAUGCUGUGAUCGGAAUAAAAACCCCGCCGAGAGGCUGCCAGCUUGAUUCUGUCUUCGUGUAGUUCAUUUCUGCACUUUUGCACCGAGGUCAUCUUCUAAAUAAUUGGCGAGCUUCAGCCCAGAUUUUGCCGAGGCCCGGGGCGUUGGCCUCCCCACGCGAGUGAAAUCCACGUGCCGGCACACAAAAGGUAAGAGAAGUUUACUUCUCUAUUAGAUGUGUGAUUUCACUGUGUGGUGAGACCAUCGUGUGUUUGGGCCCGCGCAAAAGAAAGAGUCUAGAAUCAAAGGAAGCAGAGUCGGGUGGAGUCUCUCGCGUGUUAUUCAUGUAUACAUGAAGGCUGCUCCAAAGUGUGUGGAAAAUUGUGAGACAGACAAAUUAACCAUUGGCGUCAAAGCAGCUGAAAAUCUUGGCCAAGUGUCUGUUGACUUGUGUCUUACGGGGAUAGUAGGAGUAAAGCGAACAGGCCCCAAGAUUAGAACUUACGCGAAUAGGUCUUGAGCUUAAUACUUACGGGGGCAAAGAAGUAUCGCUAACAGAUCCCGAGAACAGUGAUCAGCAGAGCAGAUCUGUGUUGUGGGUGAACAAGAUGCCGGGAAGUCAAAUCCUAGGGGCAUAGAGUUCACGGCGCGCGAUUGGAUAAUUGGCCGGCAGCCAAGCCCUGGCAGUUGUGUAAAAGUUUAACCCGAUGAGGUUGGACAGACCUCAGAGAUACUGCUCUGCGGAGCCCGGGGAAGUCUGAAAAGGCGAGGAACCUGGACAGACCACCCCAUGUUAAGUGCUGCAAUCUGGGGCGGACCUUUUACUGAGCUCGAAAGGCAGAAACCCUGCAGGUUGCAGACUUAUCUAAUAUAAAUAACGUGGAGAAAUCCACUAGGAAUUAUGGAACAGAUUUAGAUGUGGUUGACUGGACUGUAAACGAAAGUUCAAUCACACUUGCUGGGAAAUCCCGCUACAUGUCAGGUCUGUCGCUAAGUAUGGGCACAUUUUAACGUAUAUCCACAAAAACUUAUAGAUGAAACGAACACAUUUCUCAUAAUAAAUAACGGGAAAUAAAGAAAACAAACGAAACUGUAAUCUGAGAACGGAAAUCAAUCAAACGGAACAUUGGACAUUGGGGGUAUUGGAAAAUGUAUAAGGUAGGAGUUGUUUGAUCCACAACUUCCUUCCAAAUUGACACCACGAAAGGCACGGAUGAUCAACGUGUUAUCUUUAUGAGUCAGCCAACUAAAUAGAAUACCUUCAAAAAUUCACCGAAAAGAAAAACUAAACAAAAGUAUAUUCGACGAAUAAAAAGAGAAACCCCAAAAGUGUGUGUGUUUGAGGACCGGUCCGUGUGUACUUGAUCGCUCUUUUCCUUUCUCUCCCUCUCCUCGCACUCCGCCGAGGGUGGGUGUGUGAGUGUGUGUGUGUGUGUGUGUUGUGUGUGUGCAUGGUGCAAACUAACAUGUAAAUAAUGGUAAAUGUUUAACAAGGUGGUUGCAGGAAUCCUAUAAGCAAGCUAAGAUUAACUGUGUUGUCACGGCUCUGUAUAUGGUGCCUAAAGUUGGGAGAUUUGUGACACAAAACAGAUUGUUGGUGGGGUUGGACUUUUUCGAUUGUGUGCGUAAGGUUGUUGGUGAAGCAGAAUUUGGUAUUGGUACAGUAGUCUGAGAGAGGUUGAGCAAAGACGCAGUUAGAGUGUGUAAAAGUUGUGUGGUAGGGUGUGGCACAGACAGAGCAGGAGAAGUUGACAGUCCGAGAGUCAGACUGAGACUGAGAGAAAUAGGAAGUAAAAGGGGAAGUGAGGUCAAUUCCGCUCUCACUCAGCCCCGAACGAGCCCCCACCUUUGCGUGAGCCAAAAAUAAAGCUCCCUCUCUCCCCCGCUACUACUCUCAUUCAGUGGGAAGCCCCCCCCCACAUUUUUUGGGAUCCAAGACAUACAGCCCUCCCUCGGUGAGGAGCCCCCACCUUCGUGAGAGCUCCCCCGCCCUUCUCUCCCCUAAAGUUCCGAGACCUGGCGAGCAGUUUUUGUUUUUUCUCUCUUCCUUUCCCUCAGCAAGCUGAAUAUUAAAACUAUCGUACCUGCAGUACAAAUAUAUAAACAUUGUGUGCAUUUUAAAACACUUUUUUUUACAAAUAUAUAAACAUUGGGUAAACCUGUGACAUAAUUUGGCCAGAAUUCGUUUCGGGGGACAAGGGACCAUGGUUCUGCGAACUUCACAUGGGAUAAGGACACUCUGUGGCCACAAAAAGAAAAAGGUAGGAGAUUUCCUAAAAUUUGGUUGAGAGUUCUUUUCCCUGUGAGGUGGUGCGGACUACUGCUCUCUGUCCUCUUCGAAUCAGUUGGUUGUGUCAGACCGCCUCACGCUGCUACAUGCGUGAGACUAUGUGAGAAGCUAUAGGCUGGGUGCAGGAAAGCACUGGCCAGUAGCAUGGGGAGACAGCUGGGCCUGGGUUGUGAUGUGUUUUCUAAGCUGAAUGCCUGGUGAUAAAAGGUUCUGGGUAAUUUUUGGGAUAACAAGGGGAGUGGCAGGCACGAGUGUGUCUGUCCGUUGUUGAACUGUGAGUUUGGGCAAUUUUUUGUUUUAUGAGCUCUGAGAGAUACAGAUUGGCUUGAUGAGCAGGAGAUAGAAAAAGACGUCAACAAGGAUAGGCUGAAAAGCCUAUUCAGGGAUCCCAAUUGAACAAGCACGUCCCAUAUCUCCUGACCGAUUGUAGAAGAAUCACAUAAAUUGAAAAACUCACACAAAUUGGAAAAAUUGAAGAAAUCAAAACAAGAAUUAAAAUAGAAGACUGCUGACUGACUCCAGUGACUGACUUUGACUUCAAACACGUGUGAAAGGGUAUACCAUUGUGUGAUGAAUAAGUGAAGUGUGUGGGUUGAUUGGAUGGUUGUGUGUGUCUGUUUUGUUCUGUGUCAACUAAGUUCUCUGGCAGAACUGUUCACAGUCAGACUCUGCACCUGUGUGUGUGUUAUGUUAGUCAAAGAUUGCUGUGUUCCACACUUGUGUUUAUUUCAUAGUUGUUUAUGUAAAUACUGUGCUCAUUGCGGUCAUGUUAUCAGUUGAGACAUAGAAGGUUAAAUACUCCUGGGAAAGAGGUUCUGUUCUCAGUACCAUGAUGAACACUCCUGAUAUAAAGGUUUUAGCUUAUGCUUAAAUAUUAUGAUGGUUUUUGUUGUGAACACGUCUUAUGCUACUUAACAAAUUUUCUGUGUUAAAGCUGCUGAACAAAUGUUUGUGAAAGUAUAAAAGAUACAAAAAGGGAAAAAGCAAUGAGGUACCACAAGUGCAAAACUCCUAAAACUUCAAAUCUAAGAGUUGCUUCUAUACAUCUGCUGUUUUUGCCAGAACACUGUGUUUUUAAAAUAUUAUUGAAGCUGUUAAUAUCAAUACUGACUAUUGCUAUAGAACUGCAGUUGAGGCAAAAGCUUUAUACUGUGUAUUUUUGGGGAAUUUUACAAAACUGCUGAUCAAGUUUUAAUGUGUGUGCUCAUUUGGAUAAUAAACUUUACAAAAACCAUGACCAGAAAGGGAAGAUUAGAUACACAUUGGUAGGGUGUAAAUAUACUGAACACUUAAAUGAUAUCCAAAAACUUACAGAGAAAUGGGAACAUUGAAUCAAGGGGUUUGAAUUUUUAUGACCUAGGGGAGGCACAUCUGAUGUGGCUGUGUGUGAGGAUUUGGAGCAGCGAAUCUAAGGCCAUACACAUAAAGAUAAAAGUAAAACACACAAAAACAAGAGAUAUGGAACUAAAAGUACCGGACAUGUUUAACUCAGCACUUAGAUUUUUGUCAUUUUUAUACUUUAGAGUCCAAUUUUAGAUUUUAAGUCAUACUGGGACCUUUUUGAACCUGAUUUCAACUUUCUUCUUGUGUAUUUGCUCUUUAAAUGCAUUACUUUUCUCUUUUUAAAUCAUGCUCUGAUCUUUUGAACUAAUAAAUAAGAAUAGAAUAAAAACUAAAAUUUUUCUAUCUUAGGUUGCCUUUAAAAUUAUUUAUUUAUUAUUAUUAUUAGUUUGUCUCUUUUGAAUUUCCAAAUGAUUUAAGAUCAUUGCUAUUUCUUUCCCAUAGGUUUUGAAAAGGAAAUUGACAGUUUUGGUGAAAUUUUGAUCCUGUUUGACCCUGAGGCUAGACUUAAAUCCGGAUUAUGGCCCUUGCUGUGGUUGAGUUUGACACCCCUGGCCUAGAUUAUGUUCGCUUGGAAAUGCACUGAUAGUAUGUUUUCAAUCUUAAUAAAUGGCACACAGGCUAGCUAUGUGCUGUGGAAAACCACACACCUUGUUGGGCUGGUUGCCAGACUACCACAAACUGAACAGGGGGCAGGGAGAUGGAUACGAGUUUUUGAGGAUGAACUGUAGGAAAAUGUUGACUACACCAGACAUGAAAGCACGCUUGGCUAAGCUGCUGGGAACUAAGACGAUGGAGGAGUUUCUGCACAAGGAAAAAGGUUGGAUGACGAAUCCCAUGACUGAUGGGAGUGAGUUCAAUGCAUAUUGUGAUGUGAGGUGGAGCGGAAGUUGAAACAGCCACCUCUAAGGAAGACACGGCAAAAGAGACCCAGCGAUGCAGACCGUGCAGACGCUAACUGCGGUAAAACCUGUGACAGUAACCUGUUUAAUCACCUGUUGUGAAUGUUUAUCCUCAGACAGAACCCUGCUCCAUAGAGAGGAUAUAUCCCGGCAGGGGGAGAGAGUGGAAUUCUGACGGACGUGUGACGUCUAUAGACCUGCUGGGGAUGUGAUCAUACCGGACAUUUUUGACAACUGCCCAGACCAGGGACGUCUCUGGCUGGAUCGGUGGUGGGGGGCCCCAGCCCAGACAAUGUGAAAGUGGUGGCUCACUACAGUGUGAUUUUUGUGGAUGAUGGAAAAGGUUAAUUAUUAGUUUUAAUUUUAACCCUGUUUACCUUAUAGACCGAAAGGACCUAUGUAGAUGUAACAUUCAAAGUUGGUGCUCAACGCAAGGUGUGUAAGUAGACAGUUAUGGUUUAUAGUUUUAAAGUAAAUAUCGUGACAUUAACAUUGUAACAUCCCUGUUCUGUUAGUUUAAUACUGAUAAAUCUAAAUGCAGCUGUGCUGAAUCCACAAACACUCCUCACAGAUGUGCCACCUAAUGUAGAAGUAAUAGGAAGCUAUCAAAGGUCAAUAAGGCCACUGAAAAUGGUUUAGAGUCAAAUAACUAGCUUUGUACCAAUAGUAUUAACAAACAGACUUAGGAUCUGACUUUCACAGUGAUUCACGCUGUGAAAGGGGGGAGAUGAUGAGACAAUUAAAACGACAUUUUUAGAAUAUGCUGACAAUAGGUGAUAAACUUUUGGGUCAUUGUGAUAUGCGUUUUGUUAGAUGAAUUGAAGAGAACAAUAAAACGGAAGUGGGACACUUUUCCAGUUCCAGAGAGACGUUUUUAGAAAUCUAUUCAUAGGUAAUGUGGACAUGAUUAAAACUGCCAAGGCAUAUGUUACAUGUUUGUAAGGAUGACGGGUUCAGUCGAUGGAUGGAAGCAACACCAUCAAAAGAUCUUGGAGUCAAAAUAAAUCUGUCAUUGCAUGAUUUGGUACAUCAUUCUGGGGAAGAAAGUUAAUCUCUCAAGUAAAUAUCAGAUCAGAGAAUUUGCACUAACACUAACCUAUAGGAAGAUGCUUUGCUACUUGCGCUUAUGAGCUUUCACAAUCAAAAGCACUGAGAUAAAUCUUCCACUGCAUGAUUGACUAACUUACAAAGCUAUGCUUUACUGCGGCUAAAUAAUUAAGGUUUUCGCUUGAGCAGCUGGAAAUUAGUGAAGUAAAUAUAUGAGGCAUCUAACUUCGAUGCAAAGAUCUAUCGAUUAGCAGGAGGAGUGCCAAAAUCUGAUCCCGGUCAAGAGGUGGAGGCCAGUCAAGCCAGAGCACCAGGUGUACAUCACCGUCCUUUGAGGAGGGUGGCAAAAAGAACGAGGAGAAGACCUGGACACUUUGGUCCUGGUGAACUCUACUUCAGUGCAGGAAGUGGCACGAACCACGACGGGAAGGACCGUACAUGGUGGUGCGAGCUACUCCCACAGCAGUCCAGGUCGAAGGGAGCGGGACGUGGUAUCACCUGUCGCGCUGCACGAAGGUUCCAGGCAAAACCAAGGGCGGUAUUGAGUUGAAAAACAAAGAUGGAAAAAACAUGACAUUGUGGUGUGUGCUGGUGGUAAUGCACUCUCCUCUAUGGAUGCCUGUAGAAGCAGUGGAGCUAGAGACUCAAAGGGGAAAACAGAGCACCCCGGGGACCAGAGCCACGCCAGAGACCAACCCGCACGACAGAGGAGACAGAGCAUCUGAAUCAGAUGAGUAUGAUGCAACCACACAGACACCAAUCCAUGACGUGCUAAACUCUGAGCCAGCACUCUCAGCUGAGCUCAAACACAUAAACAUUCCAUACCAAAACAUAACUGUUAACUGUAAAAUUACGUGGGUAUUGUCAUGGUUUCCUGAAGCUAAUAUGAGCGAACCGUUUAUAACUAGACCUGUUUGGUUUGAAAAUCCAGAGCAAACGUUAGAUCGAACAUGUGAAAACAUAACUAUGACCAGACCGAAUAUGCAUUUCUUUCGCAAGUCAAACUGUUGCAGUAGCUGGCAGUUACUGGAUGUGUGGAGACAACAUUGUGCGAAACACACUUCCACCAAAAUGGAUUGGGCUCUGUACAUUAGUGCGAAUGAAAGUGUCAGUUGUCGUGUUGUAUGACGGCGUCGAGGAGAUCCUUAAAAUCCCGGAAGAAACAGCCAAAUUGAACCGCCAUAAAAGGCAGAUUGACGAAAAGGUGUAUAUCAAUAGUAUAGGAGUGCCAAUAGGAAUUCCAGAGGAGUUUAAAGCUCAGGACGAGAUUAGAGCAGGUCUAGAGUCGAUUCUCCCCUGGAUCACCACUAAUAAAAAUGUCCAAUGGAUAAAUUACAUUUAUUACAACCAACAGAGGUUUGUUAAUGCGACAUCUGAGAUCCUGAGCGCUCUCGGUAUUCAAUUACACGCAGCAAGUAUAAUGGCCCAACAAAAUAGACAGGUUUUGAAUUGGCUGACAGCGGAUAGGGGAGGAGUAUGUCACAUGUUCGGGAAACAUUGUUGUACCUUUAUCCCAAAUAAUACAGCCCCCGAUGGUAUAUUUUCUGUGGCAAUGGGGAAGCUUACAGAAUUCAGAGUUGAGCUCAGGGAGAGUGCGGGCAAGGGGGGACUGUCAUGGGAUUGGUUUGACCAAAUUUUAGGAAAACGGGGAGCCGUUUGGGCUAAGAUAGGACUCAGUGCACUAGCAGUCCUAAUUCUAGUUUCCUUUUUGACAUGUUGCAUCAUCCCCAUCCUGAGGAGGCAGUGUCUGCGGGCUCUGGGCAGACAGGUGACUGUGGCGACUGGUCUCCAAAAAGCUCAAAUGUUGGACUUGCUGACGCCGUCCCAAAUGGCACAACUCAGUUUGAACGACAGCAAGGCGGGAAACGGGGACUAUAUGGACUUAAACCCAAACCCUGCCUGUGUGAGUGACUCUGAUGAGGACGAACAGAGUCAAGUGUAAGGUAAACAAGGAGCAGAGGUGCAGCAGCAGCGAGCGAGCAAAAGGAAAAGCGAAUGGGACGACGGAGCAAAUGGACUAUCAUACCAAUACACACAUAUCCUGCAGUUAUCCAUGUGUAUUCUGCAUACCCAUCAUCAUUAACACAUACUCAUUCCAGGUAGAUGGAAACAGGUAAAGGAAAUGGUUGAUCAUUUUUUGAGCAAAAUAAAACAUGUGGUUGAUUGUCAUGUAGAGUGGGUCAGUGAAAAGCUGUUAGAUUUAGAAGGUUCACGGUAAAGGUCGCCAGCGGGAGGGGCCGCAGGGGAAUUUCCUGCUCAAAGCAGCCAGCAGGUUUUCGCCCCUGCCAGAUGUGAACCGAGGGAUUUAAGUGUUGUAUUUGUGAAAAUGUAACAUUCGUGAUCACAAGCAUGAGUUGGAUUGGUUUGAAAACAUACAUAUGCAUCUGUAAUCAAUCAAGUAGUACCAUAUCACAUAACGUUGUCAUAACUCAUUCAUGUAACGUAACUAGGGCUAAGACAAGAUAAGUGUGAAUCUCCAACGGCGUCAGUGAACUUGGUUAAUCUUGAAAAGAUUCAAAGGGGGGAUAUGUGGGGGAAAAUAACAGAUAUGUUUGGAUGUUUUGGAGGUUACCAUGAGGCAAGAAAACAGGUUAUGGGUGGAGUGGUCAGAUUGGGAUAAACUUCAUAUCAGGUCAUGGUGACCCUCUCCCAUGGUAGCUUGAUUGCAAUAACAGGAAAUCUGGCUCCAAAAGAUAGUGGCAGAGAAAGUCAUGAAGGGGACUUUCGCACGCACAUUUGGCUAAAACUAAGGUCCCUGACGUCAAUGGAGGACUAUAAAAGAUAUGUGGAUGGACUGUUUUUGGUUCUGUCUGUUCGAUUGCUCAUGAGCUAUUGUUCGAUGCUGUGAUCGGAAUAAAAACCCCGCCGAGAGGCUGCCAGCUUGA